GCAGGAGCCGGGUGUCUGGUUACUCCCAGCCAGCUCCCGCUAGCGUAGCCAAGGAGGAGCGGAGCCGAGCCGAGAGGAGAGGAGAGGAGUGAGUAAAGCCUCUCGGCAGUAAUGGUUACUGUACUGCGCCGAGAAUUACGGGCAAACGGACGACGUUUAAAGGCGUAGAGCUGCCCGACGCUUAAGGAUGUUAUAAGGCGGAUACAUUAAGCAGAGAUGAUGCACGUGUCUUUGGCGGAAGCUCUGGAGGUCCGGGGAGGGCCUCUGCAGGAGGACGAGGUCUGGGCUGUCCUGAGCCAGAGUGCCGAAAGUCUUCAUGAGCUGCUCCGCAGAGAUACCCCAGCUCUCAGUUUCACCAUCUCCCCAUGGUCCCUGCUGCUGAUGCCUUCGGGAAACAUCUCCUUCACAGAUGAGAAUGUGACUCAGCAGGAUCUGAGAGCCUUCACUGCCCCAGAGGUCCUCGAGGGCCUCACCCUGACUUCUCUCUCUGAUAUUGAAAAGAUGCACAUGUACUCCCUGGGAAUGACCCUUUUCUGGGGGGCAGAUUAUGAGAUUCCUCAAAGUCAGCCCAUUAAGCUGGGGGAGCACCUGAACAGCAUGCUGUGCAGCAUGUGUGACGCCGGGACCCACGGCCGCAUGUCGGUGCGCACCGUGCUGGACGCCUGCAGCGCGCACAUCCGCAGCUCCAACUGUGAGCCAUCCUUCGCCUACGUCAGGAAGCUCGUCAGGCUGGUGCUGGGCAGCCUCUCCCAGUUGGAUGGGCUGCUGUCAAAAAGUGAACGGGAGUCGCUUCCAGAGCGGAGCAAGGAGAUCAGGGAGCGGCUGCGGGGUAAAGGCCUGCCCACAGGACGAAGUGCCGCACCGCGAGUUCUGGAGCGCUAUCGAUCCCGGACCCAGGAGCAGGCACCCCUUAGCAGAGGCCUCAGCCGCUCCAUGGGGUCCCUGUCCAUUAACGACCUCCUCCAAGGAGAAGAUGGCAUCUCCCAUUAUCCACCUUCAGAGUACCACCUUAGAGAGUUCUUCUCUCAGCAGCGUGGGAGGCCGGUUGAGGCUGAGAGGAAACCCCCAUCGUACCGCAGAGAUCCUGGCCAGUACAGGAAGAACUGGGCCUCCUCGAUGGAUUUGGCCUACUUUAAUUUGGAUACGGUCCGAAUUGGGGCACUGGAGGAGGCUCGUAGAGGCAACAGUGCCCUGAGCCAGAAAUCAGGGGGCAGACACAAGUCCUCCACUCGGGCCAGGGACACCAGAUACUCUGAUUAUGGAGCACCGCAGUCCCAAAAACCACACCAUCUCUCAGCCCCGUCUGUUAGCUCACAACUCAACAGUGCAUACGACAAGAUAAAAGAGAGACAACGGAAGCUUCACGCCCUCAGACAGGCCAUGGAUGCAGCGGAGGAUUCUUUGCACACACACAGAAGGUACUACAGUGAUUAUAGCUCAUCUAGCGAAAGUCCGUCUGUGGCUUCCUCAGAUCCGGACUACCGACAAGUUAAGAAACCAGAUGAUGAGAGAAGAUACAAUUCCCAGGCAGCCUUGUCUGAGCAUGAGGAAUUGUCUCUCGGCAGUCAGGCCGCUCACCGGCACAGGCUUUAUGAGGGCGCGCAGGAAGGAGCACUGAUAGGUACGCAGAGGAUGCUACAGCGACACGAAGAAGAGAUGCAGCGGUUGACCAGCAACCUGGCCCUCCAGCACUCCCACUCGAACCUGUUCGCUGGCGAGGAGCCCUCUGUGUCCCUUGCAGAUCUCCCAGACCCACGGCGAAUUAGCCUGGCGGACAGCUUGCUCCCUCACAGGAAAACCAGGAAUUACUUUGGUCCAGAAUUCGCUAAGAUGGCCAGUGAGCCUUGUGUUGCCUUGACUGUUCCUUCGUCAAUCAUGAAUAAGAAAGGGAAGCCAGAUGAGGUCAUGAGAAAGGUGGGGGUUGUGCUGUUGAACGGACAGCGUCUGGAGGUCAGCUGUGACAUCAAGGCCAUGUGCAAGGAUGUCCUGGACAUGGUGGUGGCUCACGUGGGUCUGGUGGAACAUCAUCUCUUUGCACUUGCCACCCUAAAAGAAAACGAAUUCUUUUUUAUCGAUCCUGAGGCCAAACUCUUGAAAGUGGCCCCAGAAGGUUGGAAGGACGAGCCAAAGCGAAAGAAACCAGACGUUAACUUUAAUCUGUUUUUUCGAAUCAAGUUUUUCCUGGAUGAUGUUAAUCUCAUACAGCACACAAUGACAAAACACCAGUACUACUUGCAACUGCGUAAGGAUAUCUUGGAAGAGAGAAUGAGAUGUGACACCGAGAAUGCUAUGCUGUUGGCGUCGCUGGCACUGCAAGUGGAAUUCGGAGACUACCAGCCUGAGCUCCAUGGAAAAACAUACUUCAGACUUGAGCAUUAUUUGCCAGCAACCGUGCUGGACAAAAUGAACCAAACAUCCCUUAAAGAAGAUCUAUCCCGGCUACACAGCGCAUACUUUGGGGCUUCUGAGCCCGAGGCAGAGUUUGAGUUUCUGAAGGUCAGCCAAAGGCUAACCGAGUAUGGGGUCCAUUUCCAUCGCGUUCUUCCAGAGAAGAGGUCUCAGACAGGCAUCAUGCUGGGGGUGUUCUCCAAGGGAGUGCUCAUCUUUGAGGUGCUAAAUGGAACUCGAACCCCAGUCUUAAGGUUCCCUUGGAGAGAAACGAAGAAGAUUUCCUUCACGAAGAAGAAGAUCAGCUUGCAGAACACCUCGGAUGGUAUUAAGCACCACUUUCAGACAGACAACAGCAAGACUUGCCAAUACCUACUGCACCUGUGCACUGGCCAGCACAAAUUCCAUCUGCAAAUGAAAACCCGGCAGAACAAUCAGGAGCUACAGGACAUGGAAAAUUGCCCUCUAAGCAACCUCCAGUUGUCCGGAGGCCCGAUCAUUGAGCGGGCAGUGAGCACUGCCAGUUUAGCUGCCACUUCAGCCAGCAGCCCAGACUCCGACCAUAUGAAGCGGAUUUCCUACUCGGAGAUGGCUCUCAACAAGCCCUCACUGAGCCGGCCCCUGCUCACUGGCGACUCCCCGUAUUCCAGCUUUGGCUCCAACUCAAACCCCAAACUUAUGAGUCGUUCCCACCAAAACUUGGGCCAAGUGCCAGAGUCCCCAGAAAGUCAGGCGCAACUGUACAGCAAUCAGUCACAGAUGAACCUCAAGCAGACCCAGGUGCCAUCCUCUCAUCACCGUGCCAGCUCCGAUACAGAAUCCAUUACUGUGGCUCGCAAGCAGCAAGGCAUUUUUGUCUCCAAAGCCCACAGCAGCCCCAGCUGGAGUUCGGGAAGGUUAAAGAAGGAAUCAGACUGUUCCUCUUUUGAAGAAACUGGACACGCUUAUGUUGAAGGAGUAAGCAUGCGCACGCCUGAUCUAUCAUCCUCACUGGGUUGCUUGGCAGUCAACGAUUCUUUAAAAAAGAAGAUAAUUGCGUUGCCGUCACCUGAAAGAGCGAUUACAACAGCUAACCUGAAGAAGGAUGUAAAGUAUGGCCUGGGUUUCCAGAUAGUUGGAGGAGAGAAUUCUGGGCGUGCAGAUCUAGGGACGUUCAUUAGCUCCAUCACUCCGGGGGGGCCUGCUGACAUCGACGGCACCCUGAAGCCAGGGGACCGUCUGAUCUCGGUGAACAGUAUAAACUUAGAGGGGAUCCCACAUGAUGCUGCAGUUGAGAUCCUCCAGAACACACCAGAUGAUGUCACGCUGGUCGUCUCUCAGCCUAAAGAAAGGCUCUAUGAUGAUACUUCAGCAGGUUUGGCUCACUUCAGAGAUGGUGGCCAGAUUCCAUCAUCACAUGAAAGACAAGAGGACGACACAGAGUCGUCGUCUGAGGAGCAUGUGGAUGGGCGUGGCUCCCCCGCCCUCAUUCAGGCAGAGCCGCCCGCUCUCUCCCCCGGGGGACGCCAGGAAAGUCCGAUCUUCCCAGACUCCCCCACAGCGAGCACCAGCCUGUCGCCGACACACCUUGGGCGCUACCUUCGCCACCCGCUAGCGGAUCCCACGGCCCAGCCCUCAGCACAGAGCACCUUCUCUGAUGUUACGCCCCCAGCCUUGCCUCCUAAGAUGAGGAAAGCUAAAAGCCCAGAGCUCUCCAAGGAUCCCGAUUACUCAGACAGGGGAGAUUCGGACAUGGAUGAAGACACAUGCUCAAGUAGUCAGGAGAAGAAAAUGCCUAAAACAAUAAAGCCACCAAGUCAGGAGUUAACUCCCAACUGCGACAUGGGAAAAUUAAGUGAUAAUGACCCAGAUGUCAAUAGUCUCCUUCCUGGAGAUCUAUUUGACGUGCAGUUGUCCAAAAAGGACAACAGCCUGGGCAUAAGUGUCACGGUACUGUUUGGCAAGGGUGGGGUAAACACUAGUGUGAGACAUGGGGGAAUAUAUGUUAAAGCCGUAAUCCCUGACGGAGCCGCUGAGCUGGAUGGACGGAUUCAGAAGGGAGACCGUGUCGUGGCUGUUAAUGGGAAAAGUCUAGAAGGAGCAACUCACAAGCAGGCAGUGGAAGCCCUGAGAGAUACUGGGCAGUUGGUGCAUCUUCGCCUGGAGAAGGGUCAGCCCCCCCCUACCAGAGUGCACGCCCCCCUCACCCCAAAGUCCACCCCGCCCUCAGUACCCAGCCAGGAAGGCAGCCAUGACGGGAAGCCUCCCGCACAAAAAUCAGACCGAGAAUAUAGCUUUGUCACUGAUGACAAUGUGUUUGAGGUCGGUCUGCAGAAGAACUCCUCAGGCCUGGGUUUUAGCUUUAGCCGUGAAGAGAAGCUGCCAACCGAGCCCCCUGGAAGCAGCAUGGUCAGGGUUAAGAAGCUCUUCCCUGGACAGCCGGCUGCAGAGAGUGGCUUAAUCAAAGUGGGCGACGUCAUCCUCCAGGUCAACCAGACUUCACUCAAAGGAUUGUCUCAACACGAGGUGAUUUCAGCGUUACGAGGAACAGGUCAGGAGGUCACCCUGCUUCUCUGCAGACCCGAGAAAGGAGUUCUACCUGUCCUGAGCAGUACUUUGACUUCAAAAGCAUCGCCUCCAGUAGAGCUCACUGCCCCAAUGGACUCCAUCUCUGCCAAGGCUGUCGGGCUGCAAAACGACGACCUAUCACCUGUGGGCUCCAGGCAGUGGGAUGCCGAUCCAGUGGAAGAGGCUCUGGAAAGGCUACUGCUGAAAUCCCCCAGGCGGCGCGACUCCUACAGCGACAGCACCGACAACGAGGAAAUCGAGAAGGCCUUCAGUCAGUCGCAGGAGCAAAGCCCUCAGUGCUGGGAUCCAAGCAUCUACCACAUGCCCAACAAACAGCCCGUACCAGGACUCCACCCCUAUGAAGCCUCCUGUGAUGUCGACAGCACGAUUCACUCUGCAUACUAUUCACCCAACCAGUCGCCCAGUUUGCCUGAGAUGAACAGGAGCACGCCCACCUCCCCAGAGGAACGUGCCUCCCAGCUGUCUGCCUUCUCUCCUCACUCCCUGCAAGACACUAUGUCUGCUGACAAUGCUUUGGCGUUAGAGGACUUUGUGCCUGAAGUGGAGCUGAACGUUUCGCUCGUCAAAUCAGAGAAAGGAAGCCUGGGGUUUACGCUGACCAGGGGAAAUGACCUCAGCUGCUACAUCCAUGAUAUCAUACAGGAUCCUGCAAAGAGCGACGGCCGGCUGCAGCCGGGGGACCGGCUCAUCAUGGUUAACAACAUGGAUGUGUCCAACAUGAGCCAUACUCAGGUGGUGAAUCUGGUUCGUGCAGCACCCAAGGUGGUCGAUUUAGUGGUGGGCCGGGUCCUGGAGAUACCCAAGCCCCCCAUAGAAGCCCACUUGCUGCCAGAUAUUCCCUUUCAGUGCCAAGCAGAAAAUCUAGGGCUGAUUUUGGGUGGUGGCAGCGAUAGUCCAUUCGGAGUGCUCUACGUGAAGGACAUCAUUCCUGAUUCUGUGGCCUCGGUGGAGGGCAGCCUGCGAACCCUGGACUUGAUUCACUACAUCAACGGAGCGCCUGCCCAAAACCUGACACUGAGCGAGAGCUACAGACUGCUGGAGCUCUCUCAGAAGGAAAUCGUGCUCAAGGUCACAAGGGAUAGAAAGCCAGUCACACCAGGACAGAAAAGUUCUUCAUUUCUUAACAACGUGAGCCCAAACAUGAAUACUCCAGCUAGCAUCAAUGGGUGCCUGCAUGGAGGAGAGGACUCCGACACGCUCGCUGCCAUCUGCCCCUCUGAGGAGCAGGUCAUCCAUGUGGAGCUGCAGAAGCCAGCGUCAGGAGGCCUGGGUUUCUCCGUCAUAGGCGGCGAGAGGGGUAUCUUCGUCAAGUCCAUCACGCCGGGAGGUAUCGCGGACACGGACGGGACUUUACAAGUAGGCGACCGGCUGCUACAGGUAAAUGAAGAGCCCAUGACUGGGGUAUCGCAUGCCAGAGCUGUCACCACGAUCCGCAAGACCCAAGGCCUGGUUCACCUCAGGGUGUCCCGGCCUCCUGACCAAACCCCCAGCACCUAUCUGGAUUUCCUACCUGUUCCCACUGACAAAUGCAACGGAAACACAGAAGCCAGUAAUGAGACUGGGCUGAAAUCAAAACGGGACUUUUCUGCUGAUGAACAGAAUUCCAACACCAAAAGAGCCCCACCCCCUAUCCCACCAAUAGAUUAUGAUCCAAGAUCCUUAAACAGGCAGAAAACAGAGGGUCAGGAUAUUGACCUCUCUGAGGACACUGACUGUGAUGGUUCCUCACUUCCUGAGGAUUCCCCAGAGACGUCGCAAAAAACUGCCUGGAAAGAGGAGUCUGUUGAUGAGAUUCAGCCAAAAAGCCACCUGCAGACAUCGGGGGAUGGCCAGCAUGAGGAUGAGGAUGAAAUCACAUGGGGCAGUGACGACUUGCCCAUAGAAAACAUCAACCCCAAGCGUGAUGGAGAUGGGCCAAUAAUUACUGAAGAAGAACUGACUUCACUGCCCCUGGUGAAGGUGGUCCCAGGCGGCCAGUAUACAGGGAGCCAGCUGAACUCUAUCGUGCGGAUGCUUCGUGGGCUGCUGGAACAGAAGAUUCCCCUGCAAGAAUUUGAGAACCUCCAGAACUUGCAGCCAUUGGAUGAUUGCUUGAUAGGGCAAACCAAAGAAAACAAGAAGAAGAACAGAUACAAGAACAUUGUGCCCUUUGACACUACACGCGUGGUUUUGGGCAAAGACGGGGGCUAUAUCAACGCCAACUUCAUCAACAUGCCAGUGAAGGAUGAGAACUUCAUGUAUAUUGCCUGCCAAGGACCAUUGCCAACAACCCUGGCUGACUUUUGGCAAAUGGUGUGGGAACAGAAGUCAAAUGUCAUUGCUAUGAUGACACAAGAAGUAGAAGGAGGAAAAAUCAAAUGUCAACGCUAUUGGCCAGAUACACCCAGGACUGCUGAAAUGGUGGAUGACAGGCUACAGAUCAUGCUGAUCAAGGAUCAACAUCUAGAUAAUUUUACUAUUCGACUUAUUGAGGUUAAAGACGUCCAGACCAAAGAGAUCCAGCGGGUUACUCACCUGAACUAUACGGGUUGGCCAGACCAUGGGACACCUACACAACCAGAAGAGCUUUUGACGUUUAUUUCCUACAUGAGGCAUAUCCAUCAGUCUGGUCCCAUAAUUACCCACUGCAGUGCAGGAAUAGGUCGUUCUGGAACCCUUAUAUGCAUUGACGUUGUUCUUGGUCUUAUAAGCAAAGAUGCAGAUUUUGAUAUUUCUAACGUUGUUCGUACAAUGAGGCUGCAAAGACACGGAAUGGUUCAGACUGAGGAGCAGUACAUUUUCUGCUAUCAAGUGAUCUUGUAUGUACUCCGAUGUCUUCAAGCUGAGGAGAAAAUCUCAGGAUAAGGAAGUGCUACCAGGUAUCCAGGUGGUAAUUCUCAUUACAAGAGCAACAUAUUUGCGUCGAUAUGCACAGAGUUUUAUAGAGAUGGAUUCACUUGUUACUGGACGUUUACAUAUGUUGUAAUUUUAAAACUUUCUGCUCCAUGAAACUGAAGUCCUGCGGGACAGUGUGUUCGCUUUUUUUUUCUUUUCUUUUCUUUUCUUUUUCUUUUCUCUUUUUAGGCUGCUGCUCUUAAAUAUGAAAUAAAGUAGAUUCAUACAGUAACUUACAUUGGCAUUUGCAUUAAUAAACCUAAAUGCAUUUUAUAAAUUCUUAAGUGAAAUUCAUACAUGGCUUAAUAUUUUAUGUGGAACAAUAUAAUGACAUUUUUAACAUGUAUGGGGGAGAAUGUGCCUUGAGGAUAUUUACAACAGUAUUUACUUUGUAAAUCUAUUAUAAAUUGUUGACUGCCUGUGGUAAUUGAUUUAAAUAAAAUGUAUAUAUUUAUCCAAGUGAAAACUGUUUAAAAUGCUGUUUACAGGACAUUUCUUAUUUGUAAAUAAAAGAUUAUCUUGUGCUUA